UUUCGGUCGUCGCUUCGCGUUUUGGUCGGUAUCCCCAGUUAAAAACCGGUGAAAAGUGCCCGUUUUGGUUUCGCGGGGCACGGAAUCGCUCCCGCAAAUGUACAUUGGAGGUUUCCGUUCCGGUGCCAGCUUACUACGCGCGUUGCUAGUGUAAUUGAACGCCGAAAAUAGCGGAAAAUAUGCUGCUGAAAAACUGCGUCCUGUGGAAUUAAAGGGAAUUCCUUCACAUCCUUUCAUCCAGCCAUAUCCACACACACAAACGCACACACGCGACGGCCCCAGGGGAGGUCAAGUGCAGUGAAUGUUUUUUUUUUCGGUGUCUGUCCUUCCCGGAAACGGGAGUCCUCCCAUGUAGGUUUCCCACUUAACUUAUAAAAGAAGAUCUUGGCGAAAAAGUUUGUGAUAUUUACCGAAACAUGGAUGCUGUUUACUGAAGUUGAAGAGUGAUUAGGCUGCGUUUUUUUUCUCAAACAAACCUACAACGUACACAUACAUAGAUGCGUAUACUAUAGUGUUAAAAUGUAAACAAUAAGAAUCAUCAACCAUCGAUAUCAGCAACAAGAAAGAAUCCACUAACAACAAACGGUGGCAGUGUUGGCGGUUUUACCAGUGUGUUAGGUGUUCAUAAAUAGUGUAUAGAAGAAACGUGAAGCAAAGCACAAAUUUUAAUCUCGAUUGUAUUGUAAUAUUGUAUUUUAGCCGUUAAGGAUAAACUGUGUUGAUUUAUACGCAUUUAAACCCUUCUUCCAAAGAAGGGUACAUAUAUAUUUUUAAAGAGGUCAGUUGCUGACACAUCGUAACGAGGCAUGCAGUGGUACUACAAGCUGCUCGCUCGUCGGCCACAUUUCGUAGUGGUUUCAGUCGGUGUCUUUUCGAUCGCCUGUAUAGUGGUGGCUCUGAUCACUAAGAAGCUGCCGGAUUUUGACGAUCCGACGUUGGGUUUCGAAGCCAGGGGGACCUCGAUCGGUAAACGGUGGACUGCGUGGCGGAAUUUGCUCGAGGAAACCAGUGCCUCCGGCCGGUUGAUUGCCAAUCCGAAAGAGCUGUACGAUCGCACGGUAACGGAUUUUGGGUCCGGAUUUCGCGCUCACAAGCGCAAGAAAGAUCGCAAGAAGGCCAAUGGUAACGCGAAAAAGCGUAAUAAGCUGAACAAAAAUAUCAGAGUUUUGAAAGAGCUUGCGCUAAACAAGUCUUCGAAUGGUGAAGUGAUAAGUUUCGAAGAGUACGACAAUGAUACGUUCAGCAGUAGACACGAUAACUGGGAGUACGGCCGGAAUAUGUCGUUCUACCCGGAGGAAACCGGCAACAAGACGAUGGAGAAGAAACGUGCCAAGUGGGACACGUUGAGAAAUUUGAAACCCCCACCGGAUCCGAUCGAAAUGCACAUUCCGGCCGAUGGCUUCUUCUGUGAAUCGCCGAAUAAAGAAUUUGCUCACUUUGUGGUACAACGUGUCAACUAUAACUUGAAUGACACCUUGUUCGAGCUGAAUGCGUUCCUGGCAAUGUGUGAUCUGGAGCAGCGUAUUAUCCGCACCGACCAUUACGCUGAUAUGUGCCAAAAAGAACUGACCAGCGACAAUUGCUGCCGGCCGUGGUCGGUCGUAAACUAUGUUACGUUCCUGUCGAACAAAACUUCCUGCUUCGAGCUGGACGAAGAAGACAUAGCCAUGGUGAAAACGUUGCUCUUUGACUGUUUUCAGUAUUAUCACAACAUGAAGCUCAGCAAUGACUGCGUUCGAUCCAGCUGUGUCGUUCCCAACGAGUGCAAGCAGCACAAUGCAGUUUACAACAUAUUGCAUUAUUUGGCAGACGUAGAUUUUAUUAAAUUGAAUGAAUCAGCCGAGUUUCUUAACGCGACCAUGAUUUUCCUUCCAAUAGCCAGAAGCACAAAAUCGUUGGAGCUCUACCACAGCCUUCAGCAAGAAAAUUUAGCAAACGAUCUGGUCGCCGUGGUAGCAAUGGACAUGGGUCUGAAGAAUGCCCUCUUUGACGAAUGCCUUCUGCGGGACGGCUGGUUGGUAGGGCUCGGUGGAAUCUUCGUGGUUAUUUCGAUGUGGCUCUACACAAGGUCCCUUUUUGUCACACUGAUGACGGUGGUUGCUGUGAUUUUCUCGCUCGGGAUCGCCUACUUUAUCUACACGCUCAUCUUCGAGCUGUCCUUCUUUCCGUUCAUGAACCUGCUGGCUGUGAUUGUGGUCGUUGGAAUCGGAGCCGACGACGCGUUUAUUUUCCUGAAAAUUUGGCAAUGUGUCAUAUCGGAUCGAAUGAAGACCACCGGUGCCGUAGUUGCAUUAGGUCCAUCCACGUCUUCGUUUGCUUCGGAAGCUAACGCGGCUCAUCGGUCGGACACUUUGGUCGGCAUUAUGGCCAGUACUCUGAAACAUGCCGCUCUGUCAAUGUUGGUCACGUCGCUUACCACUGCGGCGGCAUUCUACGCCUCGUAUGUGAGCUCGAUAACGGCCGUUAGAUGUUUCGGCAUAUUCUCUGGCACCGCUGUGAUGGCAAACUACUUUCUUAUGGUGACGUGGCUCCCGGCCGCGGUGUCGAUAGCGGAACGAAUAUCGUGCAUCUCGCUGGUGAAACCAGUGGAGAGCAUCGUUGAAAAGCUUACGUAUCCCUUGAAGGCAAUUAGUCAAUUAGGUAGAAAAGUAGAAGAUAUCAUAAUAUCAUUAGUGAUUAGUGUUCCAUUGUUGUGGAUUGCGUUGUUAGGUAUAACUGGUGUGCUUAGUGGUGUAAUGGUGUUACAUUGGCCAAAAUUGCGGCUUCCGGAUUCGCCCGAUUUCAAGCUAUUUAUCAGUAGUCAUCCGUUCGAGCGGUACGAUAGCGAGUACAAAGAUCUUUUCUGGUUCGAGAAAAUCUACAGUACAACGGACACCUUUAAGCUGCCGCUUCGCUUCGUUUGGGGAGUCCAACCUGUCGAUCGGGGCAACUUUCUCGAUCCGGAAAAACGAGGCUCGCUGUACUUCGACGAGAGCUUCAACAUGAGUGCCCCCGAGUCGCAACAGUGGCUGCUGGGGUUCUGCAAAAGCCUGAAGAAUCAGACGUUCUACCAAAUGAGUUACGGACUGCUGCUGCCGAACUGUUUCAUCGAGAACUUUAUCAACUGGAUGUCCCGUCGGUGUAACGAUUCAAUGGGCGAGAUCGAUAGGACACCGUGCUGCGAAGUGUCGCCGUUUCCAUUCGCUCCGGAAGUGUUCGAUCAGUGUUUACCGGAGUCGAUAUCUAGCUUGUAUGAAACGCCGCGGGAGUUCUUCAUUCCUGGUGUGGCGGGGCCGAAGUUUGCGCGGCAGUCGUUUGGCAAUGGGAGCGGCCUGCCCCAGGUGAAAGCUGUGGUAAUCGAGUACGAGAGCAAUCAGGUAUUUACGAUGUCAUAUUCCGAGAUUGAUAGCUUUGUGCGCACAGUGGAGGCAUGGUUUGGGAAAAUGUUAGAGGAUGCCCCCUCGGGGAUGCGGAGCGCGUGGUUCAUCAGCGAGUUAGAGUUUUUCGACCUGCAGGAUACGUUGUCCACGGGGACGAUGGUGGCGAUUUGUAUGGCGAUGGCCGUAGCGCUUCUGGUUUUGCUGCUAGUGACUCUGAAUGUGUUGAUUAGUUUGUACGCGAUAGUGACCGUUACGUUUACGAUUCUGACGACGGUGGCCGUUCUAGUGCUGCUGGGUUGGAAGUUAAAUGUGCUAGAAAGUGUAGCCGUCAGUACGGCGAUAGGUUUAGCGGUAGAUUUUAGCUUACAUUAUGGCGUUCAUUAUAGACUGUCGACCGAUUCGGAUCGGAAAUCGUCGGCGCAUUUUUCGCUGACCAGAAUGAUUGGUCCAACGGCGAUGGCAGCGAUCACUACCGGCAUCGCGGGAGCACUGAUGCUUCCGUCUAGCGUAUUGGCUUACAUUCAGAUAGGGGUGUUUCUCGUUAUCGUUAUGUCCAUCAGUUGGAUCUAUGCGACCUUCUUCCUGAUGAGUUUGCUGACGGUUAUUGGGCCGCAGUACGGCUUCGGGCAGUUUCGGUAUCCGAAGCUGCGGGGGGCACUGCGUGACAGUGGCAAAACACAGAUGGAUGGACCGAAUCGGUUGAACCACCAUAACCAGAAUACGGUUUCCGAGCAGCUGCUGUCGAAUUCGAGCUCGGCAGCAGGCGAACUGGUGGGCUCGGAAUCGCACGAACUCGACUCACUGACGUCCAAUUCCAUAAUCAAACCUAUAAAUUUGGACAUCUCGAGGCCGAUCAACUUUGAUCGAGCGUUCAAGAAGAAGUAUUCGCUGCCGCGGGAACAUAGCCCAUCGACGGCCAGUGCAAUCACGGUCGUGCUGCCAGAUGAUGUGGAUUUUAAGAAUGGAUAAUGGGAACUGUAAGGGUAAGGGGCUCAUUAUGUGUCCGUUUUUUGUUUGUCACCGAAAGGGACACGGCUGGGUGAAGCGAUCAACAUGACUACAGUUGACUCGGAAAUGUUGGAAAUUGUGGAACUGUGUAUGCUUGCUCGUCAGUUUGUUGUAGUAUAGCCGAUAAUUUCGGCGUUGAAUGUGGCGGAUAGUCAAUGCAAAGAUUCUGUAAACGAGUGCAAUUUUUACAACUAACAAUAUGCUUUUUCUUUUUGAGAAUUUCUUCUCUAAACUGUCAUAAUAAGGCAGCCAGUCAUCCCAAUCCAUUUGAAACUCACUGGUAAACUGUCUUAUACCUAUAUUCGUUUAAACAACGCUGAUUCCUUUAGAGGCUUCCAAUAAUUUUUGGGUGAUAUGGCGUAGAAAAUGAGUGUGUGAAUUGUAGCAUAUCGGAAACUCUAUCGAAUAUUUCAUUCUUAUACUCGGCUCUUUCGUCUAUUCUGAUUGUUGAAGGUGUGCCGUACCUAUAUUAGAAUGCAAUAUUUUCGUUUGUUUGUCGUUUAUUGGUUUAGAUAUUAUUCUUGCAAAUGCUCAUUACAGCUAAAAUGCUAUUUUUCGGAUUUAUGAAGCUAUGAAAUGUUUUAAUGAUAAUUCCUAUUUAUAAGAUGCAAGUAGAGCAGGUAAAGUGUGUGUUUGACACAUAAAACCUGUCAAUUUAGCUUCCACAGUGUCACAAUGAGCAACGUGAUGAGCGAGCAAUCAGCGAUCAAUACCAUCGCUAGCUGAGACCUUCUGAAAGCAAAAUUGACAAUUUUUUUAUGUCAUACACAAACUUUGCCACCUAUUCUUGCUUCUUACAAAUAAAAAUUACCAUUAUAGUAUCUCAUAGUUUCAUAAUUACGAAAAAUGGCAUUUUAGCUGCAAUGAGCAAUUGCAAGCCUGUGGAUAAGCCAAAUUGAAUUUUUAGGGCAUAUUAGAGAGGGUCUAGUAUAAGAGAGGAGCGGAUUCAAAACAAACUGCCUUGGCAACCUAUGCCUAGGUGAUUUCAUGCAACACUGCCAAUGCAAUCAAGAUAGGCGCUGCUCGAUUGGCUCCGGCAAAUGGCGACCGUGACAGGACAUUUGAUAUCUUUUGAUAUCAUUCGAUUAUGCGCGUGCACGCUGGGGCAAAUACGGGACUUCUCAACUUGGCGAAGCCUAGAAUUAUUCUGUCAGGGACAUGAUAGGUUUUUUUUAAAUGUUGAUCGAUGCCCGCUGGCCUUCUUAUCGUUUGCUGACUCCACAUUCUGGAUCGGUCGUUGACAAUUAUCGCUGACUCGUCGGUCACUCGUCCGGUCUGCCUGUUGGUGUGGUGAAGAAUGGACGUCCUCGGCCAUAAUAGCUGUAUGUUGCGAUUCCUGUGGUGUUCGUUGAACUCUCAUUUGGUUUGGUAAACGAAUUUUCAGUACUAAUUUCCUUUUCCUGACACAAAUGUAUAUUAUUAUUCCGAUGAUGGUUAUUGUCACCGUUGAAAGUCCAUUUAAUGUGGUCAAAAUCCAAAUAUGUUGUUAGUAC